AUGGAUCCAAGUCAAAGUGCAUUCAAUUCAAAUGUUGCGAUUACAAACUGGGGGAAAGGAAGCAACCGAAUAUUGAUGGAAGAAAAGCUAUUGAGAUUUUCUACCCAAAUUGCCCAAAAGUCCAUUGACUUCCCCUUGAGAAUUGCCUCUUUUUUGCCCAUACCUUCUGUUAUCAGUCUCUUGGUAAUUAUUGCUUUGGAGCCAACAGUUUUAUUUGAAAUAAGAUCCAAAGUUAGUGCUGAAAAAAAGAGCUUUUAUUGA